AUGUUCGAUGUCUUUCGACCCGCUCGCGAGAUCAGGACGGAGCUUGGCCGCUACAGGCUUCUCUCCCCCUCUGCCGCCAUCAGAGUCUCGCCCCUCUGCCUCGGGGCCAUGAGCCUUGUCGACCAGCUUCUCGAUACUUUAUACGAGGCUGGCGGUAACUUGAUUGACACUGCUAAUAAUUACCAGAACGAGCAGUCCGAGAUGAUUAUCGGCGAGUGGAUGGAGAAGAGGGGCAUCAGGGAUGGGAUUGUCCUUGCCACUAUUCUACCUUCGGCCUCGACAGGAACGAACGAGGGCAAGUUUGAAGGUAUCGCUGCCAAUUACUGCGGCAACCACAAGAAGAAUCUUCGCUUGACUGUCGAGUCUUCUCUCAAGAAGCUUCGAACCGACUAUAUCGACCUGCUUUACAUCCAUUGGUGGGACUAG